GCCACCUCCAUCUCUAGAGAAGAGCGGAUAGGAACAGCUAGCCCUUCCUCGCUCACAACUACUGCUUCCCCAUUUCCCCUAGUUUUUGCAUGGCAGUGAGCUUGUUGGCACGUGAUGUAUCUGACCUCUGUCUCGGCAAGCCCGCGUUGAGGUCCCUCUCCGUCACCGCAACCGUCGCAGAUGCACUUGAGGUGCUGAGAAACUCCGACGACAACUCUGUAAGUGUUUGGGGUUGCAAUCACAAGGCCGGCUUUGGCUCCCGCACCGCCACCUCCGCCGACGACGAUGACUGUCAAUGCAUCGGCAAAAUUUCUAUGGUGGAUGUGAUUUGUUACCUUUGUAAAGAAGAAAAUCUCAAAUCACCCUCUGCCGCUCUGAAAGCGCCGGUCUCUGUUCUCCUACCGGAGAUUCCUGGCCUUGUCAAGCACGUCGAACCGUCCUGCAGUUUGUUGGAAGCAAUUGAUUUAAUACUCAAAGGAGCACAAAAUCUCGUGGUUCCGAUAAAAUCCAGGCUGGGUAGCCGGCGGAAGCAGUACCAGAAGCCGUCCUCAACCACCACCAUUCACGGAGGCUGUGAAUUUUGCUGGAUAACCCAAGAAGACGUAAUCCGGUUCCUACUCAGUUCAAUCGGCCUCUUCUCUCCAAUCCCGGCCCUCUCCAUCGAGUCUCUUGGCAUUAUCAGCACCGACGUCAUCACCAUCGACUACCACUCCCCUGCUUCCGCUGCCGUACCUGCAAUCUCCCGCUCCCUCGCCGAACAGACCUCCGUCGCCGUGGUUGAUUCCGACGGGACUUUGAUCGGCGAGAUCUCCCCCUACACCCUCUCCUGCUGUGACGAGACGGUGGCAGCCGCCCUUACCACCCUCUCCGCCGGGGACCUCAUGGCCUAUAUUGAUUGCGGUGGGCCCCCGGAAGACCUCGUCCGCGUUGUCACCGUGAAGCUGAAGGAAAGAAACUUAAAUGGAAUGCUGAACCACUUCACCAACUACUCCCUCUCUUCCACCACUUUCUCCUCCUCAUCCUCGGAUGAAGAGUCCGUGACUGCUCGAGUUUCACCGUCGCCCCGAGCAGGAAGGUAUAGUAGGUCAAUGAGUUACUCCGCCAGGAUGGUCCGGCGGGCUGAGGCCAUAGUUUGCCACCCCAAGAGCUCCUUGGUUGCGGUGAUGAUUCAGGCAAUUGCACACAGGGUCAACUACGUUUGGGUGAUAGAAGAAGAUUAUAGCUUGGUCGGAAUUGUCACCUUCUCUGACAUGUUAAGCGUUUUCCGGGAACAUUUAGAAACCAUGGCCUGAAGAAUUAGAUGAAAAGAUUUUGCUUGUCGUCUGUUGGGCUUCUAGAUGCUGCCAAGAGGGUGAAAAUAAAAGAUAAUUGCAGCAAAAAUAAGGUUUUAAUUUCAGGAAAACUUGUGUGAAUAUGGAGUCCUUUUUAAUGUUUGGUCUCAUAUUAUAAGAUAAAAUUUUAAAUGUUUG